AUGGAAGAUAUUGAGAUUCGGCCCGGUGCUGCUGCUGGGGGCGAAGACAGCAACGUUUCGCAGACUGAAAGUGGUAACUUAGAAACCACCGAUGUUUUCGUGGAGCAGAGCGAAGGCGGCUAUCUGGAAGAAGGCUCCGCGGGAGCCGGUGCAGGGGAGCAAGACUCCUGGGCCGUGGCUCAGGAGGAACCAAAAGUAGCAGAAAAGUCGGAAAAGGGAACCACAGGAGUCGUUGCAGGGAAUCAAGAUUCCUGGGCCGUGGCUCAGGAGAGAUCAGAAGUUGCGCAAUAUUUCGAAGAAUCAGUGACAGCGCAAAAUCAGGAAGCUGCCACAUCAGAGAAAAAUGACGAGAUUUUGAAAGACCAGGCGAGCGCCGUGAUUUCGAAAAGCACGGAGUCGGGGUCACAUGAAGCCACCGAAGCCUUGUCGACCGGAGCUGCCGCUAACGGAGCUGCCGCUAGCGGAGCUGCAACUAGGCAUGUCGAGGGCACGUCGCGAGGAGGGAGGAUUGCGGAGAAUGAGAAGAGCGCAGAGGAUGCGGGGAAUGCGGAGAAGGCGGAGAAGGCGGAAAAUGCGGAAAACGCGGGGAUCGCGGAGAACGCGAGGCGAGCGGAGAGUGCGGCGAACGUGGAGCACGAGGAGGGUGCGGAGAGCGCGGAGGGUCCGGAGAGCGCGGAGGGUGCGGAGAGCGCGGAGAGUGCGGAGGGGUUGGCGCGUGCUGCUGGGCUGGGUGACGUCUACGCGAUCGCUGAGGGAGGAGUGAUGAGGCCGUUUCCGAACCCUCUGUCGUCCCGAGUUGCAUCGUCUCCCUCACUUGCUCGCUUUUCUCUCACCGUUUCCUACCAUUUUCGCGACCUGUUCGUGACGCGCGUGUAUCCAAUGCAGGGCGGAAUGAUGGACCGCCUUCGAACCCUCUGCCUCGCGCCGGCCGUCGCGGCUGUUCUCGCGCAUCGACAGCAGGGAAAGAGGGAAGCUGUGGCUGCGAGCACCGGUAGCAGCGGUAGCAACGAAACCAGAGUAACGGUUGUUUGGGACAACAAUGCGGACAGUGGCUUUAACUCUCUGUUUGCCGGGCCACCGAGGGUUGGAAUUCUGGCGGGUGUGCCGUCCGAGGUGCUCGCUGACGUGGCUGUCGAGGAGACGUUGGAUGAAUCGCGCAAGGGGAGAUUGACGGCCGAGAUUGAGUCACCUCAAGAGGUCUGCACUGUACGACGAGUCGAAGCGGCCUGCCUGGGCGGGGUGCGGCCGUCAGCAGGCGUGGCGGCCAUCAUGCGCGCCCACCCCGCCUCCGCGCUCUCCGCCCUCCCCCACUCCACCGCUGUGUACCUCGAGAGGGGGGCCGCCGCUGCACCAGGCGCAGGGGGCGCAGGGGGAGCUGGAGGGGAAACAGGCGCGGGAGAUGUAGCGUUGGCAUCAGGGGAGGACGCACGAGCAGCAGCAGAAGCCACAGAAGCAGCGGCAGGGUCUUGUGGGGGAUGCGCAAACGAUCCCCUGCUGAACUGCACCAUUCGCACUCUCGCUUGGCGGUACCUCCGUGCAGGCUCCUCCUCCCCUUCUUCCCCCCCCUCCGCUCCUUCCUCCUCCUCCCCCUCCUCUCCGUCCUCCCCCUCUUCUUCCUCCACUCCGUCCACCCUUUCCCCAGAGUCAUCUUUCAUAGUGGCUGCGUUUGAGCCGGAGAAUGCUGCUGCUGUGGCUGCUAGCUUCCACCCCUCCCGCGCGCCCCUCCUCCUUCCCGUCACCCUAGCCCGCCUCAGGCGCUGCUCUCACUCCUCCGCCUCCUCGAUCUCCCCCGCCUCUUCCUCUUCCACCUCCUUCUCCUCACUUUCCUCCUCUUCGGAGUCUGGUAGCCAAGAACCGAGUAAGGCAGUCUCGGACUUAGGGAACGGUGCAGCAGAGAGCAGCACAGCAGAGAGCAGCACAGCAGAGAGCAGCACAGCAGAGAGCAGUGCACAGGCGUGGGAUAUUGACAGCAGCAGCGGCAGCAGCAGCACAGGAGCUUCGUUUGUGGUGGAGCCAAGUGUGUGUGAGGCGCCUCCCGCCGUGUCGUUCAAGGGCACAGCGGAGAGGUUUCUUCGGCAGUUCAUUGUGAAUGAGAAGCUCAAGACAAUCUAUUGUUUCGUUCCCAAGGUCGCCUGCACAAGCUGGAAAACCUGGUUCCGGCAGCAGCAGCAGGGGCAGGGGCAGAAAAACAUUUCCGACGUGUACCUCACUCACGACCACUACAAGAGCGGCUUACACAUCCUCGCAUACCACUAUAACGAGUAUGAGGUGAUCCGGCUGCUGACCCGACCGGAUUUCUUCAAAUUCUCGUUUAUUCGGAAUCCAUACGCGCGGCUAGCGUCGGUGUAUUUCAACAAGCAUGUGAACGGAGGGCCGCCGUUUGGGCGGCAGUUCUGGAACAAGAUGUUUUUCAGGGGUAUUACCCCGUACAGAAAGCUGGUGGAGGAGCAAGGGGGGGAGGACCUGUUUGGAUUCAGUGACUUUGCGUAUCUGCUGAGGAGUGUGGAGGAGAGGUUGAGGAGCUACAUGGAGUCACACGUGCAGCCUCAGAUCGACGUUUGCCGGUUCGACGCCAUCAAAUUCGACUUCAUUGGCCGGUUCGAGAGCCUCGACGCUGACGUGGCAGAGGUCCUGCAUAGGCUGAAUAAGACAGACGCCUCUGGAGCAUUCUCCAUUGGGCUGAAUGCGCAUAGGACAAAUGCAGAGGACAAACUGGCAUCACUAUAUGACGAGAGAGCCUUUACUGAGGCUUCACACCUGUACGCCUCAGAUUUCAACAUCCCGUUGAACAACAUUUAUUACGAUCUCCUUCCGGUUACCACCCGCACGGUUACCGCACGCGCAGCCUCCGCCGACCCGUGGGGCCUGCUGCGGUGGGGGAAGUACUGCGGGAGCGGCGGGGGGGACUUAUUGCGCGCCGCGUUUCACAUACUCCCCUUCGCGUUACUCCUGGCUUUAAUCGCCGUUGCCUCGAAUUUCGUCGUAGGCGGGUUUUCGCAACAGCCGUUUCGCCAAAGCCUCAUAGUUCCGCUGUCCGUAUCGAAAAUGUCGUCCCCUGCCACCACCUCCGCCGCCGCCGCCGCCGCCGCCGGAACACUCGCCGCACCGGCAGAGGGCGCUUCUAGCAAGUUUCCAGGUGAAGAGGGGUCCGUGUUUGGCGGAUUCGCGGAUUCCGCGGCGGGCGGUGCGGGGUUUGCGGAGUCCGCGGAAGCGGAGCCUGCGGAGGUUUUCGCGCGCAAAGCGGAGAAGGAGAUUAAGUCCGUAUCGUUAAAAUCAGACGAGAGCGUAGCGGAUGUGACUGUAAGGAAGGAGAAGGAGAAAGGCGCGGUCAAAUCCAGAGGGAAAGGGAAGCCUGGGAAAGGAGAAGAGAAGGGACGCCCAAGUGACUCAAACGAAGGCCGGACUCGGGAAACUGCCGUGGUUGGAGUGACCCCGAUAGUGGAACCGUCCAUUGAGUUACCCUCGGUAGAGUCAAACGAGAGUGCCGCUGAUAACGGGUCGUCUUUUGAGGCGUCUGUUUUCGAGGCUAUUUUCGAGUCGCCUCUAAACGAGGGUGAUUCUAAGCACGGGCCGGGCGGUUCGAGCGUGGAGGUGACUGUAGCGGCUGCUGACGUGGCACGUGAGAUUACAGCCAGUCAGGAGGAGGCGGGAGGAGAAGCUGUGGUGGUUGGGGAGGGUCAGGACUCUAGUGGCGGUGACGUGGAGGGUGCAUCGACGGCGAAGAAGGCACCGAAGGAGGAGAAAUUAACGGCUGGGGGUGAAUCAACGGUUGAGAUUUCAAGAUCAACAGAGGAGGCAACGACACCAGAAACAUCGACGGCAGGGGAGACUGCGCCAGCGGAGGAAUCAGUGGAGGCAGAAGCAUCGGCGGGAGCGGAGGGAGAAGAAGAGGCGGAGACGGCGAAGCGGGGAGAGGAUAUCCUUGUGAAGAGUGCGUUCGUCGCUGUAACGGAGGGCGAUUUUCCUUCGCGCCUCGGCGUCCUCUGCGCCGCUCCGUCAGUUGCGGCGGUUCUCGCGGCGAGAAACGCGGAGGAGCAGGAGCAAACCGGGCAGGCGCGAGGAAUGGCGGUGGUGUGGAAGGGCGGGGACGAUCUUUUCGGCGGGCUGCCCGGAAAAGAAGAGAUCCGGAGGUUAUUGGCGGGAGCACCGAGGAGAGGCGAUGGGGCUAAGGAGAAUCAGCCUGGGCAGCAGGAUAAGGGGAACCAAACGGAGCAGCAACAGCAGGAGGAGAAGCAGGAGGAGAAGCAGGAGGAGAAGCAGGGAGCGGUGGAUUCAUGGCCGGAGUUAAGGCUGAGUGACGCGGAAACGGCAAAUGUCAGCAGGAAUGGCAUGGUGGAGAUUAGCGUGUCAUUGCGACCAUGCAGGAACGGCAUUAUAAACGAACCCGCGGGCACCGUCAGUCUGUGGGUGCGAGACGACCUUGCUAUUACAAUCGCCAGCAGCGGGAGCUUGGAUCUGACCUCCGCCGAAUCCUGCAGCGUGAGAGCACUUGAAACGGCCUGCCUGGGCGGGUUGCGGCCGUCAGCAGGCGUGGUGGCCAUCAUGCGCGCCCACCCCGCCUCCGCCCUCUCCGCCCUCCCCCACUCCUCCGCCGUCUACCUUGAGAAGGGGGCGGCUGCGCCUGGGGGGUACACGUGCGGGGGGUGCAGGGGAAACUCACUGAGGGAUUGCACUCCGUCGGAUGCAGAAUACGUGGCGUCCACGUUUCACCCCCUCCGCGCCCCUAGAAUGCUCCCUGUCACAGCCCUCCGCCUCGCCUUUUGCUCAAAUCCCUCCCUGCCUCCUGCUGGCGCUCCCGCUGCCGCUCCCCCUGCCGCUGCUCCUGCCGCUGAUGCUGCAACCACGGAAGGGGGUGCUGAAGCUGUGCCAGCAGAAGGCCCUGGUGAAACUUCAGCUGAAUAUUCGUCUGAUUCUCAGUCCGAAUCUUCAUCCGCAGUUCUGGGUGAAACUUCAUCCAAAUCCUCUUCUGCCACCGAAUCUUCAUCCGAGUCUUCAUCUCCCGCUGAAACUUCAGCUGAAACUUCCUCUUUAUCUGAAUCCUCACCUGCUGCUGGGGAGUCGAGUUCAGGAGGGGAGAAAGUUGCGGGGUUGGGAAUCAAGGAGGAGAGAGGGGAGGAGGGAAGUGGGGGAGGGGUGGAGAGGAAGCUUAUGAGUGUGAUGAGAGGAAGGAGAAGACUGCUGGGUGAUGGAGAGGGUGCUUGUGGGGAGAGUGGUGGCCGGGAGGGUAGUGGAGGGGAGGGCAGCAUUGAGAAGGGUGGGGCUGUGGAGAGCGGUGUUCUGAGGGCAGAGGCACCGAGUGCAGAAGCAGAAAGAACAGAAGAAUUAAGUGCAGAAGCCGUGCAGGCGGAGAUGGCUCUGAGCAUGCUGCAGGCGCGCGUGGAGAGCGGCGAGGGGGGGAGCAGCACAGAGAGCGGCAGGGCAGAAGCAGAAAGAACAGAGGCAGUGCAAGGUGGCAUGGCGCUGAGCAUGCUGCAGGCGCGCGUGGAGAGCGGCGAGUGGAGCUGCGCGCAGCUGCAGGUGGCGGAGGCGUGGGUGGUGUCGGCAGCAGCGGCGCUCAUCCACACCCGCGCGUCCCUCGAGGCCCGCUUCCUCCAAGCCCAGGCCACUGCCGGCACUGCCAGGGGGACGCUUGGGCUGGGGGGGGAGGGAUUGGGCGGAGGGAGGAGUGUGUGUGACUCGCGCGCUCCCACGCCCUUCGUUAACCGCCGCUACCUGCAGCAAUUCCUAGUGGACGAGCAACUCAAGACAGUGUACUGCUUCGUGCCCAAGGCGGGAUGCACGGGGUGGAAGGUGUGGUUCCGGCAGCAGCUGAACCGCCCCAACGCUACAGACGCAUUGAUCGCACAUGAUCCGAAGCACUCGGGGCUCAAGCUGCUGGCGUUUGACAUGCAGGAGAGAGAGGUGAUCCGAUACCUCACGCGCCCCGACUACUUCAAGUUCACGUUCGUGCGUAACCCGUACACGCGGUUACCAUCGGCGUACCUGAACAAGCACGUGGGAGGCGGCCCCCCUCACGACCGCGCGUACUGGAACGCGCGCUUCUUCCACAACACUGCGCAGUUUCGGCGGCUAGUGGACCGCCAGAACGGGUCGGACCUGUUUGACUUUCCUGACUUUGUGGAGCUGACGUGGCACAUGGAGAAGAGCAGGCGGUGUAUCAUGGAUGCGCAUAUCAUGCCAGAGGCUGAUGUGUGUGAGCUGCAUCGGAUCAAGUACGACUACGUGGGGCGGUUUGAAAAUUACGAGCAUGACGUGGCGGAGGUUUUAAAUCGGUUCGGCAAGGAUGCGAGUGAUGCGUUCAAUAUUGGCCGGGGAGCACACCCGACUGAUGCUUCUGACAAAACCGUUAAACUAUAUAACAAGAAAGCACUGGCUCUCGUGGAGAGCAUAUACAAGUCUGAUCUAGACAGUCCUUUGAAUGGAAUACACUAUGACGUACCUGCUAACCUUAAAGCUGCAUACCUGGACUAA